UGCGCGAAAUUUGUCCAUCAACACACGACAUAAAACUGGAACUUGCAAUCUCGUGGCACGUGUGUUAAUCUCAUCUUCUAGAGACGGAAAUCCAUAAAAAAAGAAUAAAAAGAACUGGAUUAAAUUUUUUCAAAAUGGAUUCUAAGAAGACUGGACCGAUCGACAAUGCGUGGUCAUUGAAAAUUCCACAGUUUAAAGAGAAGGAUAACCCCCAUCGUCUCCUCGAGGAGAGUUCAUUCGCAACUAUGUUUCCAAAAUAUCGGGAACAAUAUUUGAAAGAACAUUGGUCGUUGGUUCAGAAAGUGCUAGCCGAGCAUCAUAUCAAGGCUGAACUCGAUCUCAUUGAAGGUAGCAUGACAGUGAAAACCACAAGAAAAACGUGGGACCCGUAUAUUAUUAUCAAAGCACGCGACAUGCUCAAACUCAUGGCUCGUUCCGUUCCCUUCGAGCAAGCAAUGAGAGUUCUCCAGGAUGACAUUGCUGCAGACGUCAUAAAGAUAUCCUCGCUUGUCAGGAACAAGGAUAAAUUCGUCAAAAGGAGACAAAGGCUGAUCGGGCCAAACGGAUGCAAUCUCAAAUCUAUUGAACUGCUCACCAAUUGUUAUGUGGUAGUCCAGGGUCAAACUGUGUCGGCACUGGGACCUUAUAAGGGUUUACAGCAAGUGAGAAAAGUAGUAGAAGAUACAAUGAAGAAUAUUCAUCCAGUUUAUAGCCUUAAAGCAUUGAUGCUCAAAAGAGAACUUGCCAAGAAUCCAAAAUUGAAGAAUGAGAAUUGGGAGCGUUAUCUUCCCAAAUACAACAGUAAGAAUAUAAGCAAGCGCAAAGAACCGAAGAAGAAGAAGGUAAAGAAACCAUAUACUCCAUUCCCACCGCCUCAGCCAGAAAGCAAACUUGAUAAGGAGAUGGCAUCUGGUGAGUACUUUUUGAAGGAGGAACAGAAGAGGGCAAAGAAAAGGAAGGAACAGGAAGCGAGACAUGAGGAGGCAACUAAGAGAAGGCAGGAACGCAGAGCACAAGCAUUUGUACCACCAGAAGAAAAGCCUGUUCAAAAGUGAAACUGCUAAAAAACUGUGAUAUUAACAUUAUACAAAUGAAGAAGAAAGUUUAAUAAGAACUCUGAAGAAGUGCAAGAUAGAAUAAUAUCAUAAUGCAAGUUAUAACAGGCUACCUUUCAUGAUAACAAUAAUACGAUAAGUACAUAGUAUGUAAAGUAAAUGAAAAGGUAUGAAAAAUUGAAUUUUGUUACACAAAUAUAAAUUUACGGAAAUAUCCCGUUAUUUUAUUAAAAAAACUUGUUUUUAUAAUUAAUGUAAUAUAUCGCAUUCUUAACAUAUAUUUAUAUAUAUAUAAUUUUUUUUACAUUCUUGUAAAAUAUGGAGCAGAGGAAAUUUCGGUAUUUAGCAUUUUGAAAACUAAUAUACUUAGAAUGUAUUAUAUAUACAUUUUUUUUCAAUAAUAUAUAUAUAUUUUUAUUUAUUAAAUUUUACAGAAUAUUUUGAAUGUUUCAAAAAAACAAUCUUGAUAAAAUAAAAUUCUGCACAUAUUUUUACAGACAUUAUAUUGUAAAAAUAUAAUGUUAUUAAUCAUAUUUUUUCUCUGUUUGACUUAUUACUUUUGAUUCUGCUUUUUUGAAGCAUAUUUUAUUCUAAGUAAUAUAUAAAGUCUUCAAUAUACUAAUACCUUGCGUGAUUCGAUACAGUCACCAUUUCAAAUCUCGCCACAAAAUUAUCGUAAUAAAGUAGCGGAUGCUAAAUUAGCCCUGAAUCAUUUUCCAAUAUCCAAAAUUGCUCUUAUCAGACAAAAUAUUGGACUAAUAUAUCGUAUUCGUCGUAUGACAAGGGUGUAAAUGCUCGUUCAAUAUAAUACAGCGCUCUUAUUCUAUCUGCACCACAAUUUCGCUUCUUGAGUACAAAUUUUCAUAUUACUGAAUACAUCUAUAUUAACAUUGACUGGUUAUCCGCUAUCUUAAUAUUAGGCUCGAGUCGCCUAUUAUCUUAUUUUACUGAUUUUGGAAGUACAACAUUUCGUUAACUUAUAUCUAUACUUCUUCUCUUUUAUGUCGUGGAUAUAUUUAUUUACAGAUAUAUGAGUAUAUGUAUAUGUAUAUGAAUAUGAAUAUGAUUAUGGCAAUCCCGCUUACAUGAGAAAUGCACGGAACCGAGUAAUAAAUACGUAUACACGCUGAUUGCAAAACAA